AUGUCUAGCCUUGAUUCUCCUAUAUUCUCGAGGGUGGCUGACGAUCCGAAGAUGAUUGGGUGCUGGAAGCUUGGAAGGACCAUUGGAAAGGGAAGCUCCGGGCGAGUCAAACUUGCUCGCCAUUCUAAAACAGGACAAAUGGCGGCGGUCAAGAUAAUCCGAAAAUCGUUCCUUUUCUCGCGUAGGGAGUCUCUCGACAACGCAGAAGAAGAAGCCGCGCGUAUAGAGCAAGCUCUCCAACGCGAGAUCGUCAUCAUGAAACUCGUGGACCAUCCUAACAUUAUGAAACUAUACGAUGUCUGGGACACCGCAAACAAUCUCUAUCUCAUUCUCGAGCACGUUCAAGGCGGCGAAUUAUUCGACUAUCUCUGCGAAAAAGGACGACUCUCUCCCUCAGAGGGUUUGAGAUACUUCCAGCAAAUCAUAUCUGCGGUCGACUAUUGCCAUCGGUUUAAUAUCGUUCAUAGGGACCUCAAACCGGAGAACAUCCUUCUUGAUUCCCAGUCCAAUGUCAAACUCGCCGACUUUGGCAUGGCUGCCUGGCGACCAGAUCGUAUGCUUCAGACUUCUUGUGGUAGUCCACAUUAUGCUGCUCCUGAAAUCGUUAACGGCGAGGUAUAUGAUGGUGCGGCAUCAGAUAUCUGGUCCUGUGGUAUCGUCCUCCACGCUAUGCUUGCGGGAAGGCUACCAUUUGAUGAUGACGAUUGUCUGAAGCUCUUGGAGAAAGUCCGCAUCGGGAAGUUUGAAAUGCCCGAUGACAUCGAUCCGCUUGCUCAGGAUCUCAUUGCGAAAAUGCUAGUAAAGGACGUCAAGAAAAGGCUUACAAUGUCCGGUGUCCGGAGCCAUCCUUUCUUCACCUCUCACACUUUCGACCUCGCCAAUGUUCCUGCAAGAAAUCUCGAUAAUAUCGCAUGUCCUCUACUCUCACGCGAUGAUAUCGACGCAGAACUCCUUCGUCAUCUUCGCACGCUCUGGCCUGAUAGCUCUGAUGAUGACCUCGUUGACAAUCUGCUAAGCGACGAGAAGAAUUGGCACAAAGGGAUCUAUCACCUUCUUGGAGAGUACAGAAGAAAGAACUUGGAGGGUUACGAAGAAGCGGAAAAUUUUGCAAGAAACGAACGACUGCAGCGCCAGAAGGUGUAUGGAACCUCACGUACACCUCAGAGCCAAUUCUCGCCAGAUCUUACUCCUCAUGUGACUCCUUCUCCCUCGUCUAUUCCUCCUCGCGAUGGUCCCCCUACUCCUCGAAGAGCGCGGGGAAAUAGAAUAUCAGCAGCGUCAUCGGAAGGCUCCCUGACUUAUUGCAGAGGGCAGGUUUCUCCAGGGACCGAUCUUCAUCCUCUCUCUUUGUCUUCAGGAUGCUCCACGAGUGGCGUCGGAACCUCGGCACUCAUCGUCCCCGAACAUCACGACAUCAAUAUGCAAACUUUCUUCAAGCAGGUUGCCGAUCACAUCACUGUGCUUUAUUCUCGGACUGAAGGAUCCCAGUCUCCGGCAACUAUCACAUCCCCUAAUCUUGCUCUUAUGCAUGAUAUCAUAGGAGAUCGAACGAUGCAUACGGAUCUCCUCAUAGCAUCUCGGUUGUCCCCUUCACACCAGCCAAAUGCCUCUCUAUCACCGGCAGCUGCCAUCACUCGGCCGUUAUCUGUUACUCGAAAGCAGCGUCCUGCACGCCCUACAGUCACGAUUGUCGACAAAGAGAACAUCAACGAGGUGGCCACUUCUGGUCAUGCAAGCCUCGUUCCUAAGUCAUCCGAGGAAUGCCGUGUGGGAGCCAACGACAAGCGGGUCAAAAUUUUGGGUCUUCGCGACGGCAAGGAACGAACCAAACUGCGAAAAAGAAAAGUUGCCCCAGCAUCCCCUGCCGUAUCUGUUGGCACGCCAGACUCGCCUGUCUCCUCGUCGCCCCGUACAAAAUGGCUCGCAAAUGUUUUCAAGUUCAGACACUCGGCCUUCACGCUGCAAUCGACGCAUGAUAUAAAGACAACGCUGAAUGAGUGCCGGAGGCUGCUGAUGGCUAUGGAUGUUCGUGUCGUUCUUGUGGAUUCUGAGCAUCUGGGCGUACUGAAGUGUCGGCUGGACGAGAUUAAGGAUCCUAGCGGAGUUAUAGGAGGGCUUAAGCCGGUUAAGUUUAGGGUUGAGGUCGAUUCGGAGGUUCAAGCGACUUUGGCACUGGUUAUGGUGCAGGAAAGGGGCUCAGCGGAGAGCUUCAAGGAGAUCUUCAGACGGCUGAGAAGAGACUGGGUGUUUGAUGUUGUUGGAAGUCGAACGCCGGAGCAAGUUGCUUGGAACCCAACAGGCGAGAGGUUUGUGCCAACUAUCACUAUAUAA